GUGCUGUCAAGUGUCAGAUAACCAACCUAACCAACAAACAAAUCAACAAAUAACAUUGAAAUUAAAUUAGGAAUUUUUUACAAAUUAAUUAUUUUAAAUAAUUACUGCGUUAACAAUAGUAUCGGGCUGUAAGACCAACGUUACGGUGGCCUAUACAAAUUAUGGAUUUCAAAAGCAUAUGCAGGAUCUGCCUUGAAUCAUCAAAACAAACCUUUGAUAUUUAUACAAGUUAUUAUGUGAAAAGAAAUAUUUUAUACUGCGAGAUGUUAUCACAUUGUACUCAGCUCACGCCUGUGGAAGAAGAUGGCCUUCCACGUUUAAUUUGUAAAGACUGUAGCCGCCAACUGAAGAGGUGCUAUGCAUUCAACAUACAAUGUACAGAAAGUGAUCAGACGCUAAGGCAUUACCUAGAUACUGUUGUUAUACCCAAAGCGGAGAGGGACAAUGUGGAGGUGAAGAGUGAGGAGCUAGAUCGGCAGCUGGAGCUGAUGCUGAAGGAGAACAAAGUUUUUGAUGAUAGUGUUAAAUCAGAGCCGGAGAAUGCCAGUGAAGCAGUGGACAGUUGCUGGGAUGCGGAGGAUGACAACAUGGCCCUCGGGGAAAUCAAGCUCAACAAAACAUUGGCAGAGUCAAAUCACAGCAGCAGUGGCAAUGAUAAGUUGUGGGAACCAGAUGAACUGCUAGAUGAAGACGCUAUACCAAAGAAAAAUAUUAAAGCUCUUGUCAAUGGCGAGAACACCGGGUUGCCUAAGAAAAGGGGCAGGAGAAGAAAAGAAUAUGUCCUGGAUGAAUGUCAGCUGCCGGACAGCAAGAUGCCGUCCCAGUGCGACGUGUGCGGCAAGAUCAUCAGCACCAAGAGUAACCUGAAGGCGCACAAGAUCUGCCACACCGACAUCCGCCCCUACAAGUGCGACCAGUGCCCCGCUACCUUCAAAGGUCACAGCGCUCUGUUCCAGCACAAGAGGGUCCAUUCGGGCGAAACGCCGUACCACUGCGAAUACUGCUCCAAGCAGUUCAGCCGGCGAGCGGGGCUCGUCAACCACAUACGAGUUCACACUGGAGAGAAGUUGUUCAGCUGCACGAUUUGCUUCAAGGACUUUGUGCAGAAGACGCAGCUGUCCAUACACAUGAAGAGGCACAAGGGGGACAAGACCUUCCUCUGCCAGGUCUGCGGGAAAGGUUUCCCCAUAAAGUCGGACUUGCGAGUCCACCAGCGCACCCACAACGGGGAGAAGCCGUACUCGUGCCACCUGUGCGACAAGACCUUCGCCACCUCCGGCAACCUCUCCAUUCACAUCAGGAUACACAAUAAGGAAGUCAGAUACAACUGCAAGGAGUGUCACCGAGGCUUCGUGACGUGCAGCUCCUACAACGUGCACCUGAAGAGACACAAAGGACAGAGGGACUACCUGUGCGAGUGCGGCAAGACCUUCUACACCUCCUCCGCGCUCAAACAACACAAAGUGGUCCACACGGGGAUCAAGAAGUACCAGUGCAAGAUCUGUGAGCGCAAGUUUUCUCAGACCAGCCAUCUCAGCAGGCACUUCCGCAAGGACCACGCCAAGCCCAACGCCCCGCUGCCUCCUUCAGACCACUACCGCCUGGUGCUGCCUGACGACAACAGGACGCCCACUGUGUUCAAUAAAUACCCGGACGGCGUCAAGUUCGAAGCCUCAUAGCGAUCUGUGCAAUAGGGAAAACAUGAGCCUCCACACACUUCUUGACAGACAACAAAGUGAUCCUAUAAGGGUUCCUUUUGUUGAGGUACUGAACCCUAACAAUCAGCAAAAUAUGUCAAAGUGAUGCAACUAGUGUUAUAAGCAUAGAUAUGUUUAUAAGAGAUCAUUGUGAUGUGAGCAAUCUCAAAUACUCUUUUUUUUUUUGUAAAAGUUUAUAUGUGAGAGUAUUUCUGCACUAAAAAUAGUGCACCACAAAUGUACAGGGAUAUUAAUUUUUCAUAUUUUGAAUACUGUAAAAUUUAAUUGCCAUUAAAAUAAGGACUAUAAUCGUACUUUUUAAAGUUAACAUGGCGCGAGAGAAGUCAUUAUUUACGCAUUAUACAUAUUUAUUGGAAAAUCGGAAUAAUAUAGUAGGCUCUUACGAAAAUCAGAUGAAACACCUACUUCAAAUACAGUACCUGAAUUAUUUAUUUAUUAGGUACAAUACAAGACAACACUUGAACAUAUUAUUGUAUUUUGUUUUAUUGAUGGCUUUUAGUGUAGCCAUCUCUUUGUUUAGAAUUAAUAACAUUUUGAUGAUCUGAAAUUAUUUUUAGUUUAAGUUAAAUUAUUUUAUUGAGAUAAAUUAAUAUUUUUGAAAUGAAAUAAAUGUUUUCAUGGUUUUA